UGCGAUGCAACGACUUAAAGAAGACACGCGCGCAGAGCAGCCAUGCCUAAGCCGGCGAGACCCUUCCUUCCCCUGCUCAUCGUCCUCCUGCUGAUCACCAGCCGCGUCGACAAUGCCGGCGCCGACGCCACGGCGUGGCAGCUGGAGCCUGCCCAGCCGACGUCGCCGGCCGCGCUGGCCGGCGAGUGGCGGCUCCUCCACGCCAACAUCGGCGUCUCGGCCAUGCACAUGCAGCUCCUCCCGGAGGACUUCGUCCUCAUGUUCGACCGCACCGACUCCGGCCCCUCCAACAUCUCCCUCCUCGACCCGGCCUCGUGCGCCGCCGCGGCCGCCGCGCCGAACGCCACCGCCGCGCCCGCCGACUGCUCCGCGCACUCGGUGCUCCUCGACCUCCGGUCCAACGCGCUGCACCCGUACCCGCUCGCCACCAACCCGUGGUGCUCGUCCGCCGCGCUGCUCCCCAACGGCACGCUCCUCCAGACCGGCGGCUUCUCCAACGGCGACCGCAUCGCGCGCCUGUUCUCCCCGACGACCGGCUGGGUCGACCUCCCGGAUUUCCUGGCCGCGCGGCGAUGGUACGCCACUGACAUCCUCCUCGCCGACGGGCGGGUGCUCAUCCUCGGCGGCCGGCGACAGUACAACUUCGAGUUCUUCCCGCACGACGGCGUCAACGGCCUGCCGCCGCUGACCUUCUUCCCGUUCUUGGACGAGACCACGGAGGUGGACGCCGAGAACAACCUCUACCCCUUCCUCCACCUCCUCCCCGACGGCACCGUCUUCGUCUUCGCCAACGACCGAGCCGUCGUCUUCGACCCCUACAACCGCACCCCGCUACGCCGCCUCCCCACGAUCCCUGGCGGAGUUCCGCGGAACUACCCGUCCUCUGGCUCGUCGGUCCUCCUCCCGCUGCGCCCAGAGUACCCGACGCACGCCGAGGUGCUGGUCUGCGGGGGCGCGCCGCGUGGGGCGUACCAGCUCGCGCUCCGGAACGGCACGUUCGUGCCGACCGAGCGGACAUGCGGCCGCAUCGCGCCGACGGACGCGAACCCGGUGUGGGCCAUGGAGGAGAUGCCUCUGCCACGGGUGAUGGGCGACAUGGUGCUGCUCCCGACCGGUGACGUGCUCAUCGUGAACGGCGCGGCGGCGGGGACGGCGGGGUGGGAGCUCGGACGGGAGCCGGUGAUGUAUCCGGUGCUGUAUCGGCCGGACACGCAGAACGGCGCGCGGUUCGAGGUUCUUACCGCCUCCACCGUCCCGAGGAUGUACCACUCGUCGGCGACGCUGGACACGUACGGCCGGGUGCUCGUCGGCGGGAGCAACCCGCACAUCGGGUACGUGUUCGCCAACGUGACGUACCCGACGGAGCUGAGCCUGGAGGCGUUCCUGCCGCCAUACCUCGACACGCGGCUCGACGGCCUGCGGCCGCGGGUGCUGGGGGCGCCAGCGGAGGUCGGGUACGGGGAAGCGGCGUCGGUGCGGUUCGAGGUGCCCGGCGGCGCGCUGGCGGGAGGGGGACCCGAAGAUCAGGUGGUGCGCGUGGUGGCUGUGGCGCCGGCGUUCGCGACGCACUCGUUCGGGAUGAACCAGCGGGUGGUGGACCUGGCCGUGACGAGGGUGGCGCAGCUGGACGUCGGGGUGUACGAGGCGGAGGUGGCCACGCCGCCGUCACCCGGCGUGGCGCCGCCGGGGUACUACCUGUGGUUCGUGGUGCACGCCGGCGUGCCCAGCAGCGCGGCGUGGGUGCGCAUGCGGCCGCUCGGUGCAGCGCCAUGAUCACUGGCACAAAUGAUAUCAAUGUGAAAGAUCAUUCUUUCUCGAGAUCCCAUCAGCAAGAUGAGACGAGCUAGGGAAGGAAUCGUCAUUUUGCAUGUUAACGUAGGUCAGAAGAUGUCUUAUUUAGUUUGGAAAAAGUGACCAGAAUUUAUCAAUUUUUUAGCUGUCUAUUUCACAGCCGGAUGAAAACCAAUUGGGUUUCAGUCGUUUUUCAGUCAAUUACAACUUGCCAAGAGUUCCUGUCCACUAUA